UUCGCGCCUGCGCCCUCGUCGGGAUUCUUCUCCCAGAAGUCCUCGAGCGUCGUCUUCCUCGACCUCCAGGCCGCUGGCGUCCAGCCGGAGUCCGCCCGCCCCUGCUCUGCUGUCCGCCGUCCGCCCUCCAUCAUGCUGCCCGCUGCGCUCCUCCGCCGCCCAGGCCUGGGCCGCCUCGUGCGCCAGGCCCGCGCCUACGCCGAGGCCGCCGCCGCCCCGGCCCCCGCCGCGGGCCCGGGACAGAUGUCUUUCACCUUCGCCUCACCCACGCAGGUGUUUUUCAACGGCGUCAACGUUCGACAGGUGGACGUGCCCACGCAGACCGGAGCGUUUGGCAUCUUGGCAGCCCACGUACCCACACUGCAGGUCCUGCGACCAGGGCUGGUUGUGGUCCACGCUGAGGACGGCACCAUCUCCAAAUACUUUGUGAGCAGUGGCUCGGUCACGGUGAACGCUGACUCUUCGGUGCAGUUAUUGGCUGAGGAAGUCGUCACACUGGACAUGUUGGAUCUGGGGGUGGCCAAGGCGAACCUGGAGAAGGCGCAGUCGGAGCUGUUGGGGGCCACGGACGAGGCCAUGAGGGCCGAGAUCCAAAUCCGCAUCGAGGCCAACGAGGCCUUGGUGAAGGCCCUGGAGUAGGUGGUGCAUGCCCCAUGCUGGCUCCGGCAGGGAGACUGGGCCAGAGCUGGGCAGGGGAUGGCCUGGCGUGAGGACCCAGUUCCUGUGGGUGCAGGUUGUCUGGGAGGCUGGGGGAGUGAUCCUGGGGAAGCCAUCCUCUCUAGGAAGCCACCAGGGGGCAGCGCAGUACCGGCGCCUGCCCAGAGCGCCUUUCAGGGCUCUGCCGCUCUGUGGUGAAUAAACCAGGGAAACAAGCCAGCUCUGGUAGGCCUGGGGGCUGGCGUCAAGGUCGGGCACUUGCCCUACCCGUGGGGAUUACUCUCACCCCGGAAGGCUCUUCCACUUCCUAAGAUGUCCCCAACCUGACGUGCUGGCCACCACUUCUCUGCCGCAUCUGCCACAGAGACCUCUGCUCCCAGCCACCGGCAACGGACAGCCUGCUCCCUGCCCGAACCCUCAUUAAACACCUGGAAUCCA